AUGAAACUAUCUAUUUGUUUUGUAUUUUCCGGAAUUAAAGUCAGAAUAUAUAUAGUUUCCGGAAAGUUGUAUUAUUCUCUUAAUUCCCUCGAUUUCUAUGCCCCAAUAAAUAAAAAAUUUUUAAAUUUAAGCAUAGAAACAUACAAUAAUUUAUGGAAAGGAAUAGAUUCACAUAUAUCAACCCUUAUUGUAUUAUUCGAAUCAAAUACAAACUCUCUAGUUGGCGCGCAACUUUUAUUAGACCUUUCCGGUUAUGCAGACAAAGUUGUUGCUAGAAGGUGUGUAAAUAAUGCUUUGGCAAAUGCUCUACAAAUAAAAGAUUUCCCAACAUUUGCGGUCUUUAGGAGAGGAGAACGUUCUCCUGCCUAUAUUGCUGAACGUCUUCUACUUAACGAAUUUGAACAAUUAUUACGAAACGAUAGCAAAGAAACAAGUAAAAGGUCAAUGAACAAGUUCUUUUCUAGAAAAAAAUUUGCUUCGGGAAGUGAAAAUAUUGAACAAUUUUGUAGCAAUUUUCCUCAAAUAUGUAAGCGUGCCUAUUUUGUUUCUGAAUUGGAUUUAUUAAAGAGUGCGCGUAUUGGUAAAUUAUUUUGA